UGCUCCGUGCCGGGUCUCACCUGGCUGAAUGUCGGCUUGUUGUGAAGCCGGGAGCACCGGUCCCCGUGCCGGCAGGCCCCGAUCUUAAAGUAAAAAGAACAGUUAACCCUGGAAGAGGUGCAAAGACAAAGCGCAUGCGUGCAGUGUUGCCUCGCCCACAGAAGACUACAAUCUCCAGGGAAACCUGGGGUAUCUCGCGCAAACGUCCAUAACUGAAAGUGGCUAAGGCAUCCCAGCCGGAGGAAGUGAGCUCUCCUGGGGCGUGGUUGUUCGUGAUCCUUGCAUCUGUUACUUAGGGUCAAGGCUUGGGUCUUGCCCCGCAGACCCUUGGGACGACCCGGCCCCAGCGCAGCUAUGAACCUGGAGCGAGUGUCCAAUGAGGAGAAGUUGAACCUGUGCCGGAAGUACUACCUGGGUAAGGCAGAUCGCUGGGGUCCCAGGAGAAGAGAGGGGACUGGACUAGAGCACCCGAGGGAAGAGGGCCUCGGGGCCUGGAUUCGGGGGUUUGCUUUCCUGCCUUUUCUCUGGUUGGUCAACAUCUUCUGGUUCUUCCGAGAGGCCUUCCUUGUCCCAGCCUACACAGAACAGAGCCAAAUCAAAGGCUAUGUCUGGCGCUCAGCUGUGGGCUUCCUCUUCUGGGUGAUAGUGCUCACCUCCUGGAUCACCAUCUUCCAGAUCUACCGGCCCCGCUGGGGUGCCCUUGGGGACUACCUCUCCUUCACCAUACCCCUGGGCACCCCCUGACAACUUCUGCACAGACUGGGGCCCUGCUCAUUCUCCCAGGACAGGCUCCUUAGAGCAGAGGAGCCUGUCCUGGGAGCCUCUUCUCAAACUCCUAAGACUUGUUUUCAUGUCCCACGUUCUCUGCUGACAUCCCCUAAUAAAGGACCCUAACUUUCAA